GUAAGAGCGGCCAGCCCGAGGUAGAGCCCCGGCCACGGGCUUCGGAUCUAGCUGUCGAGCGGUUACGGGAGGAGAUGGCAGCGAAGGAGCAGGCGGCCCAGGAGCAAAGGGCGCAGAUGGAGCAGCAGAUUCUGCAGUACCAGCAGCAGCAGACACAGAUGAUGCAGCAGAUGCAACAGCAGCAGCAGAUGAUGCAGCAGCAGCAGGCACAGAUGAGCUGGCUCAUGAGCCAGACGGCUCUGUCUUCUCCACCGGGGAGUCUUCCUCCUCCACCUUACUCCAUGUGGAUGCCGCCACCGCCCACUCAGACCCCGGGGACACCUAUCACCGUCAACAACAUGAACAUCAUCCGGAGCAUGAACCUCGAUUUUAUGUCACAAGGCAAUGACAAUGAGGCCGGCGGAAGUGGAGGAGGACAAGGUUGAUGGCAUGGUCUUCGUGCACUUUGUCGGAUUGUAUGCUUGUAAUGGAUUGUAAUAUUGGACAUUGCACUAUGGACUCUAUGUAACUUGUGUGGAUGGACUAUGGACUCUAUGUAAUGCAUGAAUAUGUGUGUUUGAUGUAUUUGUGGUGUUCCCGUAGUGUUUGGUGAUGUUAUGUUGAAGAUUAUAUGAGUAUAUGCUUUAUUGUCAA